CCUGAAAACUAGGUCAAUCAAAGUGUGGCGGCUCUCCUACAUCUGGAUGCGUGUGCAGCAGUCUACUGCAUGAGGACUACUGUGACGGAACAGCUUCGCAGAGCAGAAAGAAUGGAAAUCAUUUCCUGAAAAGCGGUUGUCUCCGUGGAUCAGUAUACCACUACAACCCAUCACCCCCAAGCCCACUGAUGCCAACGCAGCAAGUGACCGCGCAUUGCUCGCAGCGGCAAUAAGGACCAACACCUUAAUUAUCAGGCCGUGGUGACGGUCACAGCACAGCAGUCACCGUUAAUUAUUCGCCGCAACACAGCAACAAUUAGGAUUUAAAUCGCUGCUGUUAUAUUUUUUUAUUUAUUUCGCCGGCAGCUGCUGCUGCGGUAACACCCCUCUUUGUAGAUCGUGUGCACUCCUUCUCCCUCCUCCUUCCUCUCCUCGGCUCUCCAUCCUUCCUUCCCGGAACGGCGGGGUGGACUGGUGGGGCUAUGGAGGAUGCAGGUGAGAUGAGGAAGACAUUCACGGUACCGGAGAUUAAACCGUUGAAUCAGUACGACUUCAACCGAGCCAAGGUGUGCGCCAGCGUCCGGUGGCUACUGGCGAAGUCAUACGGAUCCGCAGAGAAUGUCCCAGUGGAGCUGCGAGAGCCUCUGUACAGAGACAAGUAUGAGCAGGAGCACCUCAAGCCCUCCGUCUCCCAGCUACUCCUGUCCCCUGAGCUGUACUGUAGGACCCAGGCCCUGCUCCACGGGGUCUCCCAGCCCGCUCCUCAGGGGCCCCCAGGGGACAACUCCGCACUGCUGCAGCUCCUCACCAAGAGGGGCCUGGAGCCCAGGGACCAGGAUGUGGCCAUCACGGAGGAAGACCUCAGCCACACGCCCAUCAAGACGAAGGCCCACCUGGUCCUGAUUGACUCGCUGAUGUCACUGGCUGCCAUGGAGAUGGUGGGCAAGGUUAAGAUGACUGCAGAGGCAGAGAAAAUGGGAGGCGGGGCUCCGUGGGAGAAUGCCCUCCUCUUCUGGGUUAACCGGUUGAAUCAGAAGUUGAGAGAGAGCACUGAGGAUGAGGAGGUCCCAACCUGCACAGACCCACAGCCUGUUCAACCAACAUGUCCCACCCGCUGGUACUGGAAACUGGUCCCACAUGCCAUCGCUUUUUGUUUGAAGGAGGAGUCUGGGAAUAAACCUCCAGUGAUCCGUUAUAGGAAGGAUAAGGUUCUGUCUAAGCAGACUCCUACUUUUCCUCUGGUGUCUGGUGUAAGGGAUCUGUCUAAUGGCUGUGCUAUAGCUGCUGUUCUGCACUACUACUGUCCUGACCUGCUGCCACUGGAGGAUGUGUGUCUGAAGGACACCAUGUCAGUAGCAGACAGUCUGUAUAACCUGCAGCUGAUCAGAGAGAUCAGUGAGUCCAGUCUACAGAGGUGCUGUCACCUGGAGCUGGAGGACCUGCUCUACGCCCCGCCCACACUACACGUGAACAUCAUGAGUUUCAUAGCAGAGCUGCUGGGAUGGUUCGAGGUGCAUAAACCUGACUUCGUCAAGCCAUUACUACCUCUAGACCUGACAGAUGCCUCAGGGUUGUUGGAGUCCAGUCCUGUCAGUGGGUACAGCAUCAGUGGCUCUCCCUCCUAUAUCUUCAAACAGCCCUUUGUCCCCAUAUCCUCUCCUGCGUCAUCUGAAGGGAACAUGUGGACCAAGAAACAGAUCCGUCGUCCACUCUCGGCUGUAACCUUCAGUAUUCCAUUCGGUCUGGACAGUGACGUGGACGUUGUCAUGGGCAACCCCGUGCAUUCUGCCAGCACCAACAGCCUGACCGCUGGCGUGCCCGCCAUGAUGACUUCAUCGAGCAGAAUGUCAUCUGGGAUGACACGGGUCCCCUACAGCCCCCCCGAGGACCUCAGUCACCUGGUCAGCGCCUCUGUCCCUCAACGCUCCUCCUGGGGCCCGCACACACACUCAUACACACCGGCCCUAGGGGAGCUGCCGACAGUCGAGAUCAUCCACACUCCUGGAGGAGAAAGAGGUGGAGGAGGGAAAAGAGGAGAGAAAGGAGAUGGAGGAGGAGGAAGGCCAGAGCCACGCUUGCGUCCAGAAGGAGCUCCUGCAGGUUUCUUCCUUCAUUCUCCUGAAUACGACCUGACCCAGCUCAGCAGCUCCGCCCCCUGCCGCUCCGGAAUGCUCUACCGACCAAUAGGAGGGGAGGGGGGCGUAGGAGAGAAGCAGAGAUUGGGAGGCAGGGAGAAGGGGGAGAAGGGGAGAUCGGAUGGCUCGCGGGACGAUGACUCGGUCCUCCGCGACGGAAGUGUGGACUCAUCGGAAGCUUCCGACGACCUUCCUAGAAACGCCCUCGGCAACGUCCGCCCUGGCCACGGUCGUCACGGCAACGGCAACAUCAGCAACACCGGUGGCAGUAGCGGCAGCCCACAGAUGACGAGCUUCGCCGAGCGGCGGGACAGAAGGAGACAGCCGGCCGCACCGGGAGAGGAGUCGCCCAGCACCCCGACCCCCACCACCCCCACCCUCCAUACCCCCACCCACACCACCCCCAGCCCAGGAGGGAAGCACCCUGAGCCGGGUACAGAGGCCUGGGAGCUGGGGGCCCGCCUGGAGGAGAAACGCAGAGCCAUCGAGGCCCAGAAGAGACGCAUAGAGGCCAUAUUCACCAGACACAGACAGAGGCUGGGCAAGACUGCCUUCCUACAGCUGAAGAGAGGAGAGGGGAGGAGAGGGAGGAGAGGAGCCUAUAUCUCUGGAGGAGCGUCUCAGCCGCAUGGAGGAGCAGCUGAAAGAGGAGGAGGAGAGAGAAGAGGGAGAGGAGAAAGACAAGGCAGACGAAGGGAACUCCCGCCCUCAGGCGCGAUUGGAGAAGCAGGUGACGUUUUCCAUGGAUACGAGGAAGGGGCUGAGAAAGGGGUGGAUAAAUGGGAGGGGCCUGAGCCGGGGGGAGGGGCUGUUCUAGUGGAGUAUAAUGAGGUGGUCCUGAAGCUGAGUGAGGCUCUGAGGUCACUACAGAACGACAUGCAGAAACUGACCCAACAACAACAACAGCUAAUGGGCAAGAAGACCACACCCAAACCCACACCUAAAACUACACCCAAAACCACACCUAAAACUACACCCAAAACCACACCUAAAAGUACACCCAGGACACCACCCAGGACCCCCACUAAGAGUCCGACUAGAACCCCGACCAAGAGCAUCAGUAAGGCGUGGGUGAUUCCUGCAGGCUCCAAACCCCCCACCUCCACUACCUCCCCCUCUCGCAGGGCCCUCCCCCAGCUCUCCUCCACCCCUCCCAAAACCUCCACCUCCACUACCUCCCCCCUCUCGCAGGGCCCUCCCCCAAUCCACUCCUCCUCCCCCGUAGCCCUAAGCACCACCCGCGCCCUCCCAACCCCACCCCGCCCUUCUGAAUUGAAGUUCCCUCCUUCCACCCGUGUCCUCACCCCCCCGCAGCAUGUGGACUCCCUCCCACACCUGCGACGCGUCUCCCCCAGCCAGUGCCAGGUCCAGACCUCCUCCUCUUUCCGUAUCGGGGGCCCCUGCACCCCCCAGGAACCCCCUGCCUCCAUGCGGCCCCAGCCCGAGGAGAGUACCUCAGAGACGGGCUCCAGCGAGACGCAGUUCAGCCUGGAGCUGGAGGAGCAGGAGGGUUUAGGGGGAGGCCGGCCCGUGUUUCCCCAGCCCAGGAGAGGCCGUUCUGGGGGUGGCAGCAGCUCUGGAGCCCCCUCCGAGGGCUCCUUUGAGAGCGAGACCCUGUCGCUCGCUUACUGCGGAGGAGGGGAGGGAGGGAGAGGAGCAGGAGGAGGAGGGAAUCGUUGCAGCCUGAUGGAGGUGUCAUUGUCAUCCCUGGGAGGGCCAGAGGGGGGCAGUGACGAGCCAACUGACACAGAAGGACAGGAGUUGUUCUCUGACUCCAUGAGCGACCACACAGAACCUCCAACAGGAGAAACGUUGGAACCUACGGAACCCACGGGAGAACCUAGGGAAUCUACGGGGAAGCAGACGGAACCGGAGGCGAGAGGAGGGGUUGGAUUCUUCUUCAAGGAGGAGGUGCGUUGUGAAGAUGAGAUGGCUCAGAGGAGAGCUGCUCUGUUGGAGAGACAGCAGAAAAGAGCAGAGGACCUGAAGAGGAGGAGACAGUGGAACGAACAGGAGAGAGAGAGCAGACCCCCCUCUGAGGAGGAGGAGCGAAGAGGCUCUCUCCCACAGACCCCUCCCCUGUCCUGCACCCCUCCCCCCGCAGCCGGUGUCCCUUCGCUCACCCCACCGACCACGCCCAGUCGCCGUGGUGAUUUCACGCGGAAGGAGUACGCCCACCGCCAGCAGAUACGCAUCAUGUCCGACCUGGAUAAGGUGCUGUGUCAGAAACACACCAAUCAGGGACGAGUCGUCGCCAAGAAGUCCCGCCCCCGACCUCGGAGCAUGACCCGGGAGGAGUCACAGCUGUCCCGCAGCCCAGCCAAGAGCACUAUGGGUUCUAAGUUGACUAAGGUGUACUCUCACUCCUCUCUCAACCUGGCUGCUAUGGCUGACGACACAGUCCCUGACCACACCGUCCCUAACCCUAGCAAGAAACCAUCCAGCCGCCCUGAUUCACCCUCACGUCUGAUGUCACCGAGCCAACUGGCCAAUCAGAACGGAGACAAGGACUGGGAGAUCGGCUCCAAUGGCUCCUCCCCUUCCAUUCCAGAAUACACCGGGCCCAAACUGUUCAAGGAGCCGAGCUUCAAGUCCAAUAAGUUCAUCAUCCACAACGCUCUGUCUCGCUGCUGUCUGGCUGGGAAGGUCAACGAGACUCAGAAGAACAAGAUGGUGGAGGAGAUGGAGAAGAGUCCAGCCAAUCACUUCCUGAUUCUGUUCCGUGAUUCCAACUGUCAGUUCCGAGCCGUCUACACCAUGAGCCCCGAGACUGACGAGCUCAUCCGAUUGGCCGGGGUGGGCCCGCGUGUCGUAAGCCCCGCCCUGGUGGAGUCCAUCUAUAAGUACAGCUCCGACAGGAAACAGUUCAGUUGUAUCCCGUCCAAGACCAUGUCCAUGAGUGUCGACGCCUUCACCUUACCAGGACACCUGUGGCACAGCAAGAGGCCUGGCAAGCCAAAAUAACCAUGUAUAUACUGUAUAUACAUACACACCUGUGGCACAGCAAGAGGCCUGGCAAGCCAAAAUAACCAUGUAUAUACUGUAUAUACAUACACACCUGUGGCACAGCAAGAGGCCUGGCAAGCCAAAAUAACCAUGUAUAUACUGUAUAUACAUACAGGAAUGGAUACACACACACACAAACAACUGACUUACUGUUUGUCCUGCAUGGGACACACUACCCCUCUCGCCCUUCUCAUCGGACCUACUGCCUGUUGACGAGGUGCUUUCUCUCCCCUGUAUGUGCAUGGAAAUGGAACAGGCCAACGAUCCACCCUUAUGGAGAAGGCUCUAAGACUCAUCUACACACGGGGGAUACUGAAGACCAGUUGUUGUAAAAAUGACCUUUUCAAUCUUAAAUGGUUACACGACACAGAAACAAAGUCUACACAAAAAGUGUAUCUUUCUCUUUUUUCAGUUAAAACGUUCUCCUGUAAAUGUCUGAGGUACAAAAUGAUUGUUUCUCUGAUACCCAUAAACCCUUUGGCCUUAUGUUCUGUUCACUACUAGCUGAAAGACUGGAGGCUGAGAGCCAUUGUGUAGGUUGACUAAAGUUUUCUGUUUUAUAACACGAACACGAUCCUUCUAAUGCCUUCUGCCCAACGACUGGCAGGUUACAGGACUUUUAUUAUCCUGCAAACCACGGUCAAAACAAGAAAUGGAAGACACGUGCUCUCUCUCUCUCUGACACUCUCUGUCUCUCUCUGUCUCUGUCUCUCUCUCUGACACUCUCUGUCUCUCUCUGUCUCUGUCUCUCUCUCUCUGACACUCUCUGUCUCUCUCUGUCUCUGUCUCUCUCUCUCUGACACUCUGACUCUCUCUGUCUCUGUCUCUCUCUCUCUGACACUCUCUGUCUCUGUCUCUGACACUCUCUGUCUCUCUCUGUCUCUGUCUCUCUCUGACACUCUCUGUCUCUCUCUGUCUCUGUCUCUCUCUCUCUGACACUCUCUGUCUCUCUCUGUCUCUGUCUCUCUCUC